AGAUUUCGGAAUCAAGAUGUGGUUACAUAAGGUUGUUUGACUUAACUUUUCUCGUUUGUGGGCGAUUUCACGUACUGGAGCGGUUGAAUACAUAACAAAUCUAAGCAAUAUGUCGGCGAAGAAUGGAACUGUUACUACAGACAAAUCAAAUAAAGGAUUACACUUGCUGAAAUACAUAUUGUUUACAUUUUGCAUGUUAUUUACUUUCAUUGAGUCAUAUUUUGCCAUAUUCCUUGUUCCUAGUAAUCGAUUUGCACCUAAAAUAAAUAGUUGGUUUUCUGAUAGAAAUACUUCUUCGGUUAUGAUGAACAUGUCUUUUAAAGUGAAGUUGAAGCCCGGAUUAAUGGAACUGAUAAAUCCUACGUCACCAAAGUACGCAUUGACUAUCAAUGGAACAUAUCAUCUAGAAAAUAAGAACUUUUGUUCGGAAGAAAGAUUCCUGUCAUUGAUUGUAAUGAUUCUGUCUUCAACAAAUAAUUUCAAAAGGAGAAAUGUUGUCAGAGAAACCUGGGGAAAUUCAAGUUACUAUUUAAACUAUGGAACAGUAAAAGUUUUAUUUGUGCUAGGUUUAACAAAAGAUUCAAGCGUUCAAGAACAAAUUGAGGCUGAGUUUAAUCGAAGUAAAGAUAUUCUACAAGGAUCCUUCAUAGAUUCAUAUAAAAACUUGUCGUACAAGUCUGUAUUAGGCUUUAAAUGGUUAACAGAACGGUGUAGGAAAGCUAAAUUUGUUCUUAAAACAGACGACGACGUAGUGAUAAAUAUGUUCCGAAUUUUUGAUACCGAUAUACCAAAGAUGUCAAUAGACCAAUAUCAUGUUCAUUGUCAACGUAGGAAGAAAAGUAAAGUAAUCAGAGGACGUAUUAAAGAGAAAACUAAUGUUAAGCCGCAUCAGUUAAGAGGUCUGAAAUACCAUAUGCCAUAUUGCCAUGGACAAUAUGUUUUGUUCCUCAAUGAAAUCGCUCCCUAUUUAUACGAGUCUGCGUCGAUGACACCUCUCUUUAGAAUUGACGAUGUAUUUAAUUAUGGUAUCGUUAUGAACAAUAUUGUUGGCUUGAAUUACAAACAGGUACGUCCUGAUGAACGUGCGUUGUAUGAGGACAUAAAAAUACCAGUGUGUUGGAAACAAGUAUACCCAAAGUGUCGUUAUUUAUAUGUUGUUACAGAAGACGAGAGUCAGACAAGAGGUAUUUGGUCAUCCUUUAUGAUACAAUAUAGACAAACAUAAAACAGUAUUGACAUAUUUACAAACCAUGGGCACUGUCAGUUACAUGAAUGAUAGAACAAAUAUUUUAGAUGAUUCCAUGUCGAAACACUAUUUAAAUCGUGAUAUUCCCGAAUACAUACCAAAGAGUGAAACAAAAAAUAAAAAAAAUGAAAAGUGUCCGUACAAUCAAGAAACUAUUACUUCUUUGGGGGACCAUGAACAUAAUUUUCCACAGUGCUGCAACGCUAUUGUCAGAAUUCAAUUCAGAAAUGAAUGGGGAUAAACUCGAAGAUUUGACAAAAAGUGUGAAUUUGAUUGAAAAGUUUAAU